AUGGUUAGAUUUUCUGGAGCCUACUUCUGCUUCCUCCUGACUGCUCUGGGCGUGACAGCUGGUGCCCAUCGCUUGUGGAGCCACAGGUCCUACAAGGCCAAGCUGCCUCUGAGGAUAUUUCUGGCUGCCGCCAACUCCAUGGCUUUCCAGAAUGACAUCUUUGAAUGGUGCAGGGACCACCGAGUCCACCACAAGUACUCCGAGACAGAUGCUGACCCUCAUAAUGCCCGCAGGGGCUUCUUCUUCUCCCACAUCGGGUGGCUGUUUGUUCGAAAGCAUCGAGAUGUCAUAGAGAAGGGGAGGAAGCUUGAUGUCACUGACCUGCUUGCUGAUCCUGUGGUCCAGUUCCAGAGAAAGUACUACAAGGUCAGUGUGGUGCUCAUGUGCUUCAUGAUCCCCACGCUGGUGCCCUGGUACAUCUGGGAAGAGAGUCUGUGGAACUCCUACUUCUUGGCCUCCGUCCUCCGCUAUACCAUCUCCCUCAACGUCACCUGGCUGGUCAACAGCGCGGCCCACAUGUACGGCAACCGGCCCUAUGACAAGCACAUCAGCCCGCGGCAGAACCCGCUCGUUACUCUGGGCGCCAUUGGUGAAGGUUUCCACAAUUACCAUCACACCUUCCCCUACGACUAUUCUGCAAGUGAAUUGGGCUUGAAUUUCAACCCAACCACCUGGUUCAUUGAUAUCAUGUGCUGGCUGGGGCUGGCCACUGACCGGAAACGGGCAACCCAGUCAGUCAUCCAGGCCCGGAAAACAAGGACUGGAGAUGGCAGUAUUUGAACCUGGAGCCGCCACACCACAUGCCUGCUGCUGACAUCUCUGAUCAUUGCUUGUGCUAUUGUCGUUUUCCUGUCCAUUGGAUUGUGGGAGGGGGCUGGAGGGUGGGGAGGAGGUGGAAUCUAUGAAAGAGCUUUCUGUUUAGCUCAGAAUAAUGUUUUAAGGACAGCUAGCUGUGGAAAACAUUUUUCAGAAGUCAGUGCAACUAUGAUUUAACGUUAGCAUGUGGACAUGUGGUCUCAUUGCCGUAGUGCACUAUGUCCAACAUACAUCACCAUGUGCUCCCAAGUGAUGUUCACCCUGACUGGAUGAAGGCAUUGGAUGCUCUUUCAGGCUGACUCCGGAGAGCAUUUGUUUUCUUUCAUCCUUAUGAACCCAGCAUCGCUGUGCAGCACAGUUUCCGAAGGAGCAGAGAGGCAGGGUGGAAGACAAAAGGGGAGUGAGGGUCGAAGUAGUCAUGCAAGAAUGUUUCUGUUUGGCAGUUAGUAUGUGCACAUUUGUUUUGUUUUGUUUCAGCAAGAGAAUGGACAGCUCUUCAGAAGGAAAACACAGGAAAUGGCUCUACUAUCACGAAUGUGUGUUUGGGGCUCUAUUUACAGCUUGUAAAUGCCCUGUCUGUGCUUCAAGUGGGGUUUGUUCGCCGCCCGGCUCGUUUUGUGUCCCGAGCUGAACUCCCAGCAGUUCUAUGACUCGAUGCUUGUAGAAGUGUUUGGUUUCGUUCUCUCUGAUAUUGUCAUUUUAAAGGCGUAUAACUCAGACAUGCCAGACAUCGCGUUAAGCUCACAUUAAAUGCUCAUUUAAAUGUUUAGACACCUAAUUUAUAUUCGAAUUGAUCCUAGCCAGUGAUGCAUGUAUUUGAGCUACAUCUGUGAAAUAAGCAUAUUAUUAAUUUUCCACUCGAGACCAUUGGAUCUUAAUAACCAGCAGUUAACUAGAACUCAUUGUCUGAUAAUGUUUUACCUGCAUGCAAGCCUUCAUUGAUUUUGACAGCAAAAUAUAAGUGAACAUUAUGUAGCUUCUGGAUUAAAAAUAAUAAAUUCUUGUGUGUUAGGUUGCCUUGUAAAGAGCAUGUUGAAAUUAAUGGUAUACCACACCUUUGUGUUAGACGUUAGAUCAGAAUGAAAGGUGGACAGAUUUGGUAUUGAAGCACUUUGAAACUAGGGGUUUUUUCAGGAAAGAAGUCGAAUUUAACGUUAAAACUUAACUUUGGGAUAAGAAAUGCUACCACUAGGAAAUUGUCAUAAUGAAGUUCUUCAUCCAGCAGGUGUUUAGGAGUGUUACUUUGCCAUUAAUAAUGUGUGGACUAUGAGUGGUUUACAAUAAAUGAUGAGGAAUUCA